GUUCUGGGGCUCGUGGUUCGCGGGGUCCAUAGGGAACUUGGUGUCGCUGGUUCAGAUCUCGCAGAGCUCAGAGUCCUGCACGCAUGUCCUCGUCUCGCUCCUCCUCGCGGAGAAUUCUGGGAGGUGACGUCGCGGGUCUUGGUCGCGGGGCCCGUUUGCAGAGCCCGCGGCGCCCGGAGGACUUUGUUCUUCUUCAGACGAGAAAACUGAAGAAGGAGGAAUGGCUGUGGGACUUUGUAAAGCCAUGUCCCAGGGGCUGGUGACCUUCAGAGAUGUGGCACUAGACUUUUCCCAAGAAGAGUGGGAAUGGCUGAAGCCAUCUCAGAAGGAUUUAUACAGAGAUGUCAUGUUGGAGAACUACAGGAACUUGGUAUGGCUUGGACUCUCCAUUUCUAAGCCCAACAUGAUCUCCUUACUGGAGCAAGGGAAGGAACCAUGGAUGGUGGAGAGAAAGAUGUCACAGGGUCACUGUGCAGACUGGGAGUCUUGGUGUGAAAUCAAGGAAUUAUCUCCAAAAUGGUUCACUGAGGAAAAUGAAAUAUCCCAGGAGGUGGUAAUGGAAAGGCUAGCAAGUCAUGGCCUUGACUGCUGCAGUUUCAGAGAAGCCUGGAAAUACAAGGGUGAAUUUGAGCUACAUCAGGGAAAUGAGGAGAAGCAUUUCAUGCAAGUGAUAGCUGUUAAGGAAAUCUCUACUGGGGAAAGAGACAAUGAAUAUAGUAAUUCUGGGAGAAGCACACCCCUGAAAUCAGGAUUUUUAAGACAACAGAAAGUUCCUACCAUACGGCAAGUACAUAAAUUUGAUAUUUAUGAUAAAAUCUUCCCCCAAAAUUCAGUCAUAAUUGAAUAUAAAAGCCUCUGUGCUGAGAGGGAAUCUUUGAUAGGUAAUGAAUGUGAAGAAUUCGACCAGAGUACAUACUUUAGUAAAGAUAUAGGAAUUCCUCUUAGUGAGAAACCUUAUGAAAGAAAUGAUUUUUCAAAUCUCUUAAGUUUCCACUCUUUACUUACUCAACAUCACACCACUCAUUUUGGAAAGUUACCCCAUGGAUAUGAUGAAUGUGGUGAUGCCUUUAGCUGUUACUCGUUCUUCACUCAACCUCAGAGAAUUCACAGUGGAGAGAAACCGUAUGCAUGCAAUGACUGUGGAAAAGCAUUUAGCCAUGACUUCUUUCUCAGUGAACAUCAAAGAACUCAUAUUGGGGAGAAACCUUAUGAAUGUAAGGAAUGUAACAAAGCCUUCAGACAGAGUGCACACCUUGCUCAACAUCAGAGGAUCCACACUGGAGAGAAACCGUUUGCAUGCAGUGAAUGUGGGAAGGCCUUUAGCCGUUAUGCCUUCCUCGUUGAACAUCAGAGAAUUCACACAGGUGAGAAACCAUAUGAAUGUAAGGAAUGCAACAAAGCCUUCCGACAGAGUGCACACCUUAACCAACAUCAGAGGAUUCACACCGGAGAGAAACCCUAUGAAUGUAAUCAGUGUGGAAAAGCCUUCAGCAGACGCAUAGCCCUUACUCUGCAUCAAAGAAUUCACACAGGAGAGAAACCUUUCAAAUGCAGUGAAUGUGGGAAGACCUUUGGCUAUCGUUCACACCUUAAUCAACAUCAGAGAAUUCACACCGGAGAAAAGCCCUAUGAGUGCGUCAAAUGUGGGAAGUUUUUCAGGACUGACUCACAACUGAAUCGGCAUCAUAGAAUUCAUACUGGAGAGAGACCAUUUGAAUGCAGUAAAUGUGGGAAAGCCUUCAGUGAUGCUUUAGUUCUAAUUCACCACAAGAGAAGUCAUGCAGGAGAGAAGCCCUAUGAAUGUAACAAAUGUGGGAAGGCCUUCAGUUGUGGCUCUUAUCUUAAUCACCAUCAGAGAAUUCAUACCGGAGAGAAACCCUACGUAUGUAAUGAAUGUGGGAAGGCUUUUCAUCAGAUCUUGUCCCUAAGGCUACACCAGAGAAUUCAUGCUGGAGAAAAACCUUAUAAAUGUAAUGAAUGUGGGAGUAAUUUUAGCUGUGUCUCAGCCCUUAGACGACAUCAGAGAAUUCAUAAUAGAGAAGCACUCUGAUUACAACAAGUAUAGGAAAGAAAACAUUGGGUUGCCGUCAGUCCUCAUUGAAUAUUAGUGAGUUCUUUUUGGUUAGUAAUUCUUUGAAUGUAGUUCAUAUUUCAGUUUAUCAGUAUCCAUUAUUUGAAGUAGCUCAUUAGUAGAUGUCCGUUACUUUGUUGUUGUUGUUGUUGUUGUUUGUUUUUUGAGACAGAGUCUUGCUCUGUUGCCCAGGCUGGAGUGCGUGGUGCCAUUUUGGCUCACUGCAGCCUGCACCUCCUGGGUUCAAGCAAUCCUCCUGCCUCAGCCUCCUGAGUAGCUGGGAUUACAGGUGCCCACCACCAUACCUGGCUAAUUUUUGUAUUUUUAGUAGAGAUGGAGUUUCACCACAUUGGUUAGGCUGGUCUCAAACUCCUGACUUCAGGUGAUCCACCUCCGCCUCCCAAAGUGUGGGAUUACAGGCGUGAUUGGUCACAGGCUGGCCAAUUAUAUCCCGCAACCUAGUGAUACGGGACUGGCAGAUGGCUCUGUGUGGAUCAGUGAAGUCCUUUGGGGGUAUUGCUAUGGGUAGUAAGAGAGAUUUUUUUCUGGAAUUGCAAGUUUCAAGGAUUUAAUAAGAUUUAAAACUCAACCGUAGCCUUUUUGCCACUCAUGAGGAAAACUUUCCCAAAGAGAAAUCUAACAGGAAAAUGGAGAUGAGAGGCGGAAAUCUGAUGAUACUGUUUGAUCUCCUGGAUCCAGCCAUUCUUGACAGCUACACCAUCCUUUUUCUUUUUUUGUGAUCCAAUAAAUUUCUUUUUCUUUUUUUUUUUUUUUUUGCUUAAUUUGGAUUAGAUUUUUGCCUCAUGAAAUUAGAGUACUGAUUCACACAUUCUGUGUUUGCUAUACAUAUGAGAAAGCCUUAAUUUUUUACAUGGCAUAGUUGUUUAUUCUGAAGAGAAAACCUAUGAUAUAACAAGUUUAUGAAAGUUGAAUAUACAGCCUCCACAAAGCCGAGAUAAUUGUUAGAUUUUACUUGUCAAUAAAUUAUUUUAGUGUUUCUUAGUUUUUUUUUCACAAUAUGGAUGAAUAUUAUAAAAUUCACCAAGUAAAAUUCUCUAACAGGCUCUCCCUUAAGGAGUUAAAAUCAUUUGUCACAGUGAGUCACCAUAUGCCUGUAAAGAGAGAAUGGAUGGCUAAGAGAAUAAUGCUUUCAUUUGUUUAAUAUAGUUCUUCAUUUUCAAGGAA